AUGUUGUUCACAAGCGCCCUGAUUUUGGCUCUUGCAGCGUGCAGAGCCCACGCCAAUGGCCAGGCGCCAGUACAUGGCACCGAGGACAGCCAUAUCCCACCACCAUUCCCAGACAAUGGCCAACAGCAGCCGCUUGUCGGCAGUGAUAGCAGUCGUGGCCGUCCAAACAUUGUCUUCAUCUUGACCGACGACCAGGACCUGCACAUGCAGUCACUCGAAUAUAUGCCAUUGGUCAAGAAGCAUCUCACUGACCAGGGAACCUUUUUCAAGCGACACUUUUGCACAAUUGCAAUCUGCUGUCCCUCGCGCGUGUCCCUCUGGACCGGUCGAGCUGCACAUAAUACAAAUGUCACUGAUGUUAAUCCACCUUAUGGCGGGUAUCCAAAGUUUUUGAGCCAGGGCUUCAAUGAAGCGUACCUACCUAUCUGGCUACAAGAAGAGGGCUAUAGUACAUAUUAUACUGGCAAGCUGUUUAAUGCCCAUACCAUCUGGAAUUACAACUCGCCUCAUGUCGCAGGUUGGAAUGGCUCUGACUUUCUCCUUGACCCGUUUACCUAUUCUUAUUUACGGAGCGUCUACCAGCGGAACAAGGAGGAACCGGUCAGCUAUGAGGGUCAACACUCUGUGGAUGUGCUGACGGAAAAGGCACUGGGGCUCCUCGACGAAGGUGCAUCGUCUGGGCAACCCUUCUUUCUGGGCCUCGCACCCGUUGCUCCCCACAGCAAUGUUGAUGCAUCAGUUCUGGGCACCGGAUACGACGUCCGGCCAGAUAUGGUUGCGCCAAAGUUCACGGCACCUAUACCGGCGGACCGCCACAAGCAUCUCUUUGAAGACGUCAAAGUCCCCAGGACCGAGAAUUUCAACCCAGACGAGCCUUCGGGAGCAAACUGGAUGCUCCACCUUCCAAAGCGUAGCCGAGAGGUGGUAGACUAUGACGACCACUUUUACCGAUCCCGCCUUCGAGCGCUCCAGGGCGUCGACGAGCUCGUGGACCGCGUCGUUGCCAGACUGGAAGAGCUCGGAAUAUUGGAAAAUACUUACAUCAUCUACACAAGCGACAAUGGCUUUCACAUUGGCCAACAUCGCCUUUCGCCGGGCAAGGAGUGCGGCUUUGAGGAGGACAUUAACGUGCCGCUCAUUGUGAGGGGUCCCAAGGUUCCCAAGGGCCGCGUGGCGGAUAUUGUCACUACCCAUACCGAUCUGGCGCCUACAAUCAUCGACCUCAUUGGCGGCAAGAUACCUGAAGCAGCGCACUUUGACGGUGACGCCAUUCCCUUGACCGGCAACGGCAUUGAUGAGGCGGCAAAGUCUCGCCACGAGCAUGUCAAUGUCGAGUUUUGGGGUCUCGCGCUCGGAGAGGGCAAGACAUUCCCGGGCUAUGAGUCUCGGUGGGGCAACAAUACGUACAAAGCCCUGCGCGUUGUCAGCGACAACUGGAAUCUUUACUAUUCCGUCUGGUGCACCAACGAGCACGAGCUGUAUGACCUCAAGACCGAUCCUGGCCAGCUGAACAACCUACUAGCUCCCAGGGCCAAGAGUCCAGGCGCGCCGAGGUCGCUCAACGGCUACCCGUUGGACAAGGUGGCAGCGCGACUUGAUUCUCUCUUAUUCGUGUUAAAGUCGUGCAAGGAGCAGACCUGCAUUCGCCCGUGGCACUCGUUACACCCUGCCGGCAAUGUGAAUAGCCUAGACGAUGCGCUCUCGCCCCGGUUUGACGACUUUUAUGUUGAGAAACAAGUCAAGAUUGAAUUCAACCGCUGCGAGUUUGGAUAUAUCCUGGAUGCCGAGGGACCGCAGUUUGACACGGACGGACUGGUUUAUCGUCAUGGUCUUCCGUGGUCGGAGUGGACUUGA